UUGUGCAGGAAACAAUCAAUAAAGUAACAAGACCAAAAUAACAUGAUAGGAAAAUCGCGGGAGGCAAUUGUUCAAUUACUGACUACAUUGUACUACUAUUCUAACACUUAGAACACCGUAAGAGGUCUUGACAAACGUGAUACAAAUAUAGAGAGCAAAAAUAUCUUCUGUAUACAAUGUCUGUUAGUGAAAUGGAAGAUGUUUCUUCAAUAAGAUUGACAUUUCAACAUUUUUCAUGGAUAGAUUAUACAGUUUUUGUGAUAAUGUUGGCUGUGUGUGGUGGGAUUGGAGUUUAUUUUGGGUUUAUCAAGAAACAGAGUUCACCGCAGGAAUAUUUAAUGGGCGGAAGGAAUAUGAAACUAAUUCCAGUUUGCUUUUCAUUAGUAGCCAGUUAUAUUUCAGGUAUAUCAUUAUUAGGAACACCGACGGAGCUUUACAUAUACGGGACUGCUUACGUUUUUACAUUAAUAGGAGCUUGGAUUAUGUCCAUCGUAAUUACAACAACAUUUAUACCUGUAUUUCAUGAAUUGCAACUCACGUCUGCUUAUGAGUAUUUGGAGCUUCGUUACGAUAAACGUUUAAGGGUUUUCGGAUCUGUUUUAUUCAGCGUUUAUUUGAUGGCUUGGUUGCCUAUCGUUAUCUAUGUACCAGCACUGGCCUUUAAUCAAGUUACUGGAGUCAAUAUACACAUUGUUUCACCAAUUGUGUGUUUGGUCUGUAUAUUUUACACAUGUGUGGGAGGCUUAAAAGCAGUUGUUUGGACAGACGUGAUUCAAACAAUUAUUAUGAUUGGCGCGAUGAUUUUAGUGAUAAUCAAGGGUACUAUAAUUGUAGGCGGGUUUCAAGAAGUUUUAGAUAAAAAUUGGAAAUCCUCUAGAUUGCAGUUUCCAAGUUUUAAUUUUGACUUCACCGAAAGACAUUCAAUUUGGUCUGUAUCUAUUGGAUCAACGUUUUACAACAUUGGGAGUAUAGCAGUUAAUCAAUCCAUGAUGCAAAGAUUUCUAGCAUUAUCAGAUUUAAAAAUGUCCAAACGGGCAGUGUGGGGAUUCCUUUGUGGAAUAUUUUCCAUUGUAUUCAUUUGUGGGUAUAGUGGAUUGUUGGCCUAUGCUAGAUACCAUGACUGCGAUCCUUUAAAUUCUAAGCUAGCAUUGGCGAAGGAUCAGCUCCUGCCGGUUUUAGUUAUGGACGUUUUAGGUGACUGGCAAGGAAUGCCUGGCAUAUUUGUAGCAGGAGUAUUUAGCGCUGCUUUAAGCUCCUUGUCUACUGGCUUAAAUUCUAUGGCUGCGGUCGUGUUGGAGGAUUUUUGGAAACCUUUUUUUAGAAAACUCAGCCAUAGAGAAACACAAAUUCUCAUAAGAGCUGUAGUUGUUAUACUUGGCUGCAUUUGUGUUGGAUUGGUUUUCGUGGUGGAAAAACUUGGUUCUGUACUACAAUUAACAAUGAGCUUGUCGUCGGCGUCAAUGGGACCGCUUGUGGGAAUAUUUUUGAUGGGAUUAUUUUUACCGUUCAUUGAUGGUGCUAGUGCACUGACUGGUGGAGUUCUAGGCUUAAUAUCAGCGUGGUGGGUGGCGGCACAAUCUCAACUGGCGCAGGCUAGGGGACACCUUACAUUUGAAGAAAAAGUUCGAUACACAACCAACUGUACUUACACGUUUCCAUCACCAGUGGAGAAGGAGCCCGUUGAGUUCGAGGUUCCGUUUUUAUAUCGGAUCUCAUACCUAUGGUUUACGGCAUUUGGGUGUACGAUAACUGUCGUGGUAGCCUGUCUCGUCAGCUUGAAGUCUUCGGUAAGGAAGCAACAGGAUCAAAGGCUUUUCGCGCCGUUUCUCAAAGCUUGGGUGAUGACCAGAAAUGAGGUGGAACAAAUGGAUUUAAAAAGUACAUCUAGAUGACACGCAUAAAACAAGGGAAUUGUACGUGACUGUACUCGCACACCUAUAUCCAAUGCUCAAUCUUGCAGGAUUUAUAUAAAAUGUCUUAAUACGGUAAAUGACAGUUUAAAUAAAUAAUUGA